UGGACAAUGAAAACUGCCUAUUGGAGACCGACAUGGGGUCUUAUCCAUCAACUUUAUAUAAGAACAACGAGUAGGAUUCCCAAUCAAUCAAGGUUAGGGUCUCAGACAAGUACUCUUCAAAGGUCACUUUUGGCACUUUCUUCUUCUCAACAGGAACAGGGGUCAUCCGGAAGUCGUCAAUCCCACUCCUUUUCCUCGUUUCCUAGUAUAGCAGCCGCUGUUUUUGCCACCAUCUAUAUGACUUGUCCUAUUUUGAAAGCAGACGAUGAAACUUUAGAGCCACCGAAAUAUCCUUGGAAUCAUUCAGGUCCGUUAUCCUCUUUUGACGCUGCCGCCAUUCGUAGAGGCCAUCAAGUCUAUAAGAACGUCUGUGCUUCUUGUCAUAGUAUGGAAAGUAUUGCCUAUCGUAACUUGAUUGGAGUUGCUUAUACUGAAGAAGAAGCAAAGGCAAUGGCAGAAGAGGAAGAAGUGGAAGAUGGCCCAAACGAGGAAGGUGAGAUGUUCACUAGACCAGGAAGGCUAUCCGAUCACUUUCCAGCUCCUUAUCCUAACGAUGAAGCAGCAAGAUAUGCAAACAGUGGUGCUUUACCCCCUGAUCUAAGUUAUAUUGUGAAAGCCCGUCAUCAUGGAGAAGACUAUAUCUUUGCAUUACUUACAGGUUAUAGAGAUCCUCCAGAGGGAGUCAAUAUUCGAGAAGGCCUUAACUAUAACCCUUAUUUUACUGGAGGACAAAUUGCAAUGGCUAGAGCUUUAUAUGAUGGAGCAGUUGAGUUUGAUGAUGGAACUCCAGCAACUACUUCGCAAAUGGCAAAAGAUGUAGUGACUUUCUUGGCUUGGGCUUCUGACCCGCAUCAAGACGAAAGGAAGAAGAUGGGAGUCCAAGCUUUAUUUACUCUUUCAGUGUUAUUCUUGUUUGCAUUAUAUUCCAAACGACUUCGUUGGUCUCUUUACAAGUCUCGUCGAAUCGAAUUUCGGGACAUGUGAGUUUUUCUGGAGUUGCUUAAUAAAAUGUGCAUUCGUUCCUUUAUCCAUUCA